AGCCCACCUUCUCCGACGCGCUCCCGGCACCGCAUCGAGUUACCACCCCAUCACGUGACUCACUUCCACAACUCUGACUACUCAGCCCAAACACUUCUGCCGUGCCCAGUGCUUCCAUGGCUACGCCUGCGGGCGCCUAGUAAUUUCUAAUUCUUUUGGCUGCGCUCCGCCUGCGAGCCGGACUGUCAAAAGUGCAGCGCGAAGAUGAGUGCCACCAGAUUGGAUCGUCUCGUAACGCUCCUCGAGACUGGCAGCACAGCAUUAAUCCGAAACACAGCAGCCGACCAGCUAGCCGACGUCCAAAAACAACAUCCUGAUGAGCUUUUCAACCUUCUUACUCGAGUUAUACCCUAUCUGCGAUCAAAAAGCUGGGAAACUCGAGUUGCCGCUGCCAAGGCAAUAGGUGGCAUCGCUGCCAAUGCCGACAAGUUCGAUCCCAAUGCCGACGACCAAGAUGAGCCCAUCAAGCCAGAAGCCCAAUCAGAUUCCAACGGCGAUGUCAAGUCGGAAGACAGCAAUGGCGUCAAGAAAGAAGAAAAUGGCGAUAGCACCCUCCCACCGCUCGCCGAUGGGCUCGAUCUUGCUACGCUGGACCUGCCUUACAUCCUCAAGUUCGGAAAGGUUCUGGCUUCUCUCGGCACAAAGGAGCAUGACUACAAGCUUGCAGCCAUGGACCCUGCUGAACGACUAGAGUACCAAAAGAGCACCCUACUCAAGCGACUUGGCUUUGAAGGCGCAUGGGUUGAGGACCUUACACCACCCCAGGAGAUGAUGCCACAAACACCCGCCCCAAAGACGCCUGGCAUGCACCGUAUCGAUACCAACGUCUCGCGACCAGAGAGCAUGAACCAUGGUAGUUCUCCUACUGCAGGCACACCUGAUGGCAAAGGACUGAGCAAACGUCAGCAGAAUGCUCUAAGGCGCAAAAAUAAGAGACAGGCUGCCGGAGGUGCUAGCAAAGUCCAAGUCGUUGACUUCAAUUCAACUGCAAGAAAAGACUCACAAGCUGAUCUCAUCGAGACCCCCGUUCGCCCACAUCCCACCGCCCUGAAGUUUGAGAAGUCAGAGAACGGAGACGAGGACGAACCCAUGAACGACUACUUCUCACUUGAUCGCAACGGCGGAGAUGACGAUGCGAAGUUUGUGAAGGAGUUCAAGGGCGCGCCGGUAGCAGAAAAGUCGUCUUUCCAAACAGAGGCUGAAGAAGCCGGGCUAGAAUGGCCGUUCGAGCGUGUCUGUGCAUACCUUGCCGUCGAACUUUUCGACUACACCUGGGAGGUGCGCCAUGGUGCUGCCAUGGGACUCCGAGAAAUUCUCCGUAUCCACGGCGGUGGUGCUGGUAGGCGGAAGGGGCUUAGCCGGGCUGAGAACGAUCGGCUGAAUCAGCGAUGGCUGAACGAUCUUGCAUGUCGCAUGGUCUGCAUCUUUAUGCUCGAUCGCUUUGCAGAUUUUACCGGCGAUAAUGCUAUUGCGCCCAUACGAGAGACGGCCGGACAAGCGCUUGGUUCUUUGCUCCAAUACAUGUCUCGCGACAACGUCCUUGCAACCUUUCAAGUUCUCAACCGCCUUAUCAUCAACCAUAACCUUCCUCUCGACACCAACCCUCUGAGCGCACCCUGGGCCCUGUGUCAAGGUGGCAUGAUCGGAUUACGGUACCUUGUUGCUGUACGAAACGACCUACUCCUCGAAGACGGUACAUUACUGGAUGGAGUUCUCGCCGCAGUCAUCAGCGGCCUGAGUAACUCCGACGACGAUGUUCGAGCGAUCAGUGCAGCGACCCUUAUCCCGGUCGCGAAAGAAUUCAUCGAGAUGCGCCCAAAAUCACUUGAGCACCUGAUGAACGUAGUCUGGUCUUGUCUUUCCAGCUUACAGGAUGACCUGAGUGCAAGUACUGGUUUCAUCAUGGAUCUUUUGGCCAAGCUUUGUGGCUUUCCUCAAGUUUUGGAAGCGAUGCAAGCCAACGCACGACAAGAUCCGACCCAAUCAUUCCACGAACUGGUGCCACGACUCUUCCCUUUCCUCCGCCAUACCAUCACUAGUGUCCGUGCGGCAGUGCUGCGUGCGCUGAUUACUUUCCUCAACAUCCAAAGCGAAGGUUCGGACGGCUGGGUAGAUAGCAGGGCAUUGCAACUCAUAUUCCAGAACAUCCUGCUCGAACGCAACGAAGGUGUCUUGAAGCUCUCUCUUCAGCUUUGGAAUGCUAUUGUCGCGGCCUUGAGUAGUCAACUGGCCCCUCUCAUGGAACCCAUAUUAGAUGCCGUUAUUCCUCUCACCCUCACACCUAUUGGAGUAUCACGUCACCCGAUAUCCUUGAAUAAGUCACUACUCAUCAAACCUUCCGGACAAGCCAUGGGCCCGCCACCAGAUUCUGAGCCGAGCCGUAAGUCGUCUCCACCAGAUGGCGGUGAGCCAGCGCAGAAGAGAAGAAAGAAGUCUCGCCAUGGCAAGGACGAAACGUCAACACCUACUCCAGCCUCCCAAUCUCAUAACGUCGAUGGACACAUGAUCACCGGUGAUCUCGAACUGAUUGGAGCGGACGUGAUGAUCCGCUCCAGGACUUCUGCUGCACAGGCCCUCGGCAAAGCGAUGGGAGCUUGGCCCGAAGAAUCGAGGCUCGCGACCUUCAAAUCUAGGCUGCUGGCUCCGUUAUCCUCCCAGAACUCGUCAACCCAACUGACAGCUGCGAUCAUCAUUGAGGAAUUUGGAAAGAACGUGGCAACCAAGGACGCCUUGGCCGAGUCUUUCGUUCAGGCCCUGCUGCCUAUGGUUGAGGGCGAGAGACCUGCCGCCUACGAGGAUCUUGUGCCCAAGCUGCAAAUUGUUCGAACUCAGUGCCACUCUUUGUUGAGCAUCUUCCACGACGCUCAUGUCCAAAGUCUGCCACAGAUCGCUGCUCUUGUUCAGGGCAUGCCGAAUGCAAACCACUAUGCCUUCGGCGUCGCAGAUGCUGAGAAGCUGCUCAACGUGCAGUUUGAGAAGCUAAAGAAGGCUAUGACGCCGUCCGCUCGCAUGGUCGCUGGAGCAAAUCUGGACACGGCACGUAAGGAAGUAGAGACGAGCAUCCAAGAAGCCAAGGAUAUCAAGGAAGAACGCGACGUCCGCAUCAAGGCCGCUGCAGCCGGUGCGCUUGUAGCGCUCAACUCACCGCCGAAGAAGCCAUCGCCGCCGAUCAAGGCUAUGAUGGACAGCGUCAAGAAAGAAGAGAACGUUGAAUUACAGAGACGCUCGGCAGCCGCAGUUGCUGGUUACAUUGUGUUCCUUGUUAACGCUAAGAGAUCUGGUGUGGUCAACAAGGUUGUCGGCAAUUUGGUCAAGUUCUACUGCAUGGAGACAGCUGAAACACCCGAGUUUGCCGGACAGUCACACAUCGAAACAGGCAUUCUUACGCUCAAGAAAGAUGAAGAUGUGCGCGAUCAUCCAGAUGCUGCUCGAUUCGCAGAAGAGUCGCGGGCGGCCAGAAUCACCAAGCGUGGUGCACGAGAGGGUCUCGAGAAGGUCGUCGAGAGUUUCGGCGCUGAGAUUUUCGAGAAGGUGCCUAUCCUGAAGGACCUAAUUGAACGACCCAUCAAGGACGCCUUCACCGAAGCCACACUUCCCGCGCAAAUCUUCAACGAGGACGGCGUCUUUGGUCAAGAAGUUGUUGAUGCCCUGUCGACUCUACGUGCUCUGGCCGGCAGCUUCCACCCAAGCGUUAGAGGCUUCGUCAAGGACCUGCUUCCACUCAUUGCCAAGGCCCUCCAAAGCAAGUUGUACGUUUUGCGAUAUGCGGCGGCCAAGUGUUUCGCAACUAUCUGCAGUGUCAUGUCUGUCGAAGGUGUUACAAUGCUUGUCGAAAGCGUGCUUCCAACCAUCAGCGACGGUGGAAAUGUGUACGCCCGCCAGGGAGCUAUCGAGUGCAUCUACCAUCUCAUCCAUGUUAUGGAGGACGCCAUUUUACCAUAUGUCAUCUUCCUCAUCACGCCGGUUCUUGGUCGUAUGAGCGACUCUGACAACGAUGUCCGACUACUAGCUACGACCAGCUUUGCCACACUUGUGAAGCUCGUACCACUUGAGUCUGGAAUCCCCGACCCGCCAGGCCUUCCUGAUACCCUCCUCAAGGGCCGAGACCGAGAGCGCAAGUUCGUCGCCCAGAUGCUGGAUGCGAAGAAAGUGGAGCCUUUCGAAAUUCCCGUCGGUAUCAAGGCGACGCUCCGUUCAUACCAACAAGAGGGUGUCAACUGGCUGGCGUUCCUCAACCGGUACAAUCUUCACGGCAUUCUUUGUGACGACAUGGGUCUUGGUAAAACGCUGCAAACGCUCUGCAUGGUCGCUAGUGAUCAUCAUAUGCGCGCAGACGAGUUUGCCAAAUCCGGCGAUCCAAACUUCCGACGUCUGCCCUCGCUCAUUGUAUGCCCGCCUACGCUGUCUGGUCAUUGGCAGCAAGAGAUCCGCCAGUAUGCACCCUUCCUUAGCUGUGUAGCCUAUGUCGGCUCGCCACCUAUCCGCGGCCAGCACAGGAAUCAGCUCGACAAAGUGGACAUUGUCAUUACUUCGUACGAUAUCUGCAGGAACGACGCCGACAUUCUCAAGCCCAUCACCUGGAACUACUGCGUACUUGACGAGGGUCACUUGAUCAAGAACUCCAAGUCCAAGACUAGCCAAGCAGUCAAGCAAUUCCAGUCGAAUCACCGCCUCAUCCUCUCCGGUACACCUAUUCAAAACAACGUGCUCGAGCUAUGGUCGCUGUUCGACUUCCUCAUGCCUGGUUUCCUUGGUACGGAGAAGGUCUUCCAGGAACGUUUCGCGAAGCCUAUCGCUGCCUCCCGUUUCGCCAAGAGCUCGUCGAAGGAGCAAGAACGGGGUGCACUGGCGAUCGAAGCUCUGCACAAGCAGGUGCUUCCAUUCCUCCUUCGUCGUCUCAAGGAGGAGGUCCUGGAUGACUUGCCACCCAAGAUCCUGCAAAACUACUACUGCGAUCUAUCAGAGUUGCAACGCAACCUUUUCGACGACUUCACCAAGCGCCAAGGCAAGGAGAUUCAGUCCAAGGCCGGCAACGCCGACCGCGAAAGCAAACAACAUAUCUUCCAAGCUCUUCAGUACAUGAAGAAGCUAUGCAACUCACCUUCACUCGUUGUCAAGGGUCCCACCAACAAGGCAUACGAACCGACUCAGCAAUAUCUCAAGAAGCACAACACCACGAUCGACGACAUCGCGCAUGCGCCCAAGCUCGGCGCUCUCAAGGAUCUGCUUGUGGACUGUGGUAUCGGCGCAUCCGACGUUGUCAGCGAUAAGUCUGCCGCCGCUAACGGCGACCUACCAGAAGCCGUCUCGCAGCAUCGUGCUCUUGUCUUCUGUCAAAUGAAGGAGAUGCUCGACAUGGUUCAGCACAACGUGCUCGAGAAGCUGCUUCCAUCCGUGCAGUUCAUGCGCCUGGAUGGUGGUGUCGAAGCUACCAAGCGCCAGGAGAUUGUCAACAAGUUCAACACUGAUCCUUCAUACGAUGUCUUGCUCCUGACAACCAGUGUCGGUGGUCUGGGUCUCAACUUGACUGGUGCCGAUACCGUCAUCUUUGUUGAGCACGACUGGAACCCGCAAAAGGACAUCCAAGCCAUGGACCGCGCGCAUCGUAUCGGUCAGAAGAAGGUUGUCAACGUGUACCGAAUCGUCACGCGCGGUACCUUGGAAGAGAAGAUCUUGAAUCUCCAGAGGUUCAAGAUCGAUAUCGCUUCCACCGUCGUCAAUCAACAAAACGCCGGUCUCCAGUCCAUGCAAACAGACCAGAUUCUCGACCUCUUCAACGUCUCAGCCGAUUCGAACGAUCCUGCUGCAUUACCAGCGCCACCCAGCAACGCCAAAGACGAUCGCACGGGCAUCGAUGAGAAUGACGCCGUCGAUGCGACCGGUGCGCUGAGGGAGAAGGGCAAGAAGGGCUUCUUGGACGAACUAGGCGAUCUCUGGGACGAGAAGCAGUACGAAGAAGAGUUCGAUCUCGAUGGCUUCCUCGGCAAGAUGAAGGCUUAAGGCAGCACGUGAGCACACGAGUGAUUCUGAGUCCCUUGCACUCUCUACUACUACCUUGCGCCUGCCUACCAGGCCAAGACAUAUCAUCUUUGGGGGCAACAGGCGUACACUGGCGUUUUUCCUUUCCACUACGGGCAUGACAUGACAUGCAUAUGGUAUCAAUGUCUCCAUUGAUCGGGUCGGUAUGAUGUUUUGCAUUCUCACAGGCUAGGUACUAUGGAAAUGUGUGUAUUAGCAU